UUUCGUUUUGGUUGUCGGUUCUGGACUGAACUGAAGAAUUAAGGAUUUUUCGGUUCGGUUUUUGAUAUCUGAAGAAUUUCCGGGAAUCAACAACUCUACCUUCUGUGACCCCCUCCCCCCCUCUCCCAUCAGUUUUCCAAAAUAUUUUUUUGAGUUCAAGUUAAGUUGCCAAUUCCUUUUUAAGCUCUAUAUUUUUUAUCUCUAAAAAGUUUCUUUUCAGAAAUGCCAGCAGAGGAGGGAAAAAAGCUCUGGGAGCUAAUUCUUGAACAAUUUGAUGAUCUCCUUGUUAAAAUUCUUUUACUCGCCGCAAUAAUUUCAUUUGUCCUCGCUUUAUUUGAAGAACAUGAUGACCAAACUAGUGCUGUUACUGCUUUUGUGGAACCUUUUGUUAUUUUGCUCAUUUUGAUUGCAAAUGCAACUGUUGGGGUUUGGCAGGAAAGGAAUGCUGAAAGUGCAAUUGAAGCACUUAAAGAAUACGAACCCGAAAUGGCUAAAGUAAUUCGUUCUGGAAAGCAUGGAAUUCAAAUGAUUCGAGCUAAAGAACUUGUUCCUGGGGAUGUUGUUGAAGUUUCAGUUGGUGACAAAAUCCCAGCAGACCUUCGCCUCGUCAAAAUUUAUUCUACAACAAUCAGAAUUGACCAAUCUAUUCUUACUGGAGAAUCUGUUUCUGUUAUUAAAAAUUUGGACACUGUACCUGACCCGAGAGCUGUAAAUCAGGACAAGAAAAAUUGCCUGUUUUCGGGUACAAACGUUGCUUCUGGUAAAGCUCGUGGAAUUGUUUUUGGAACUGGUUUGAAUACAGAAAUUGGCAAAAUUAGGACAGAAAUAACUGAGACGGAAUCUGAUAAGACUCCUUUACAGCAAAAGUUGGAUGAAUUUGGGGAACAACUUUCUAAGGUCAUUUCAAUAAUUUGUAUUGCUGUCUGGGCUAUCAAUAUUGGACAUUUCAAUGACCCGGCACAUGGUGGUUCUUGGUUAAAAGGAGCAAUUUAUUACUUCAAAAUUGCCGUUGCACUCGCCGUUGCGGCUAUCCCUGAAGGCCUCCCAGCAGUAAUUACAACCUGUCUAGCUUUAGGAACUCGUAGAAUGGCUAAAAAGAACGCAAUUGUUCGUUCGCUUCCUUCAGUCGAAACUUUGGGUUGCACAUCGGUCAUUUGUUCUGAUAAAACUGGAACUUUGACAACAAAUCAAAUGUCGGUGUCGAAAAUGUUUAUUGUUGAGGGAGCGCGUGGAGAUCAAAUUAGCUUCAGGUUUGCUUUGAAAGUUUUGAUGAGGGUUGUGCGAAGCAUGCAAAAUUGGUAG